CAUACUUGGUACCACCUAAUUCGAUGCAAUCAUAUCUCUGUUGCCCUAUCAUUUGUGAGAGCAAGGAAUGCGAAAAGAAAGAAUGAACUAAGUGACGAGAACAUCGACGCGGUUGUGAUGUUGAAGAGAUAUAGUUUUGAGCAAGUCAAGAAGAUGACAAACUCGUUUGCUCAUGUUCUAGGGAAAGGAGGAUUUGGCAUUGUCUAUAAAGGAAAAUUACCCGAUAAGAGCGGCAGAGAUAUUGCAUUGAAGAUCUUGAAAGAGUCGUCACAGGGUAAUGCAGAAGAGUUCAUCAAUGAACUAGUUAGCAUGAGUAGAGCAUCUCAUGUUAAUAUCGUUUCUCUCUUUGGAUUUUGUUAUGAAGGGAACAACAGAGCUAUAAUUUAUGAGUUCAUGCCGAAUGGAUCGCUUGACAAGUUUAUUUCCGAGAAUAUGUCAACGAAGAAAGACUGGAAAGCUUUGUACAACAUUGCGGUAGGUGUUGCUCGCGGGUUAGAGUACUUGCACAAUAGUUGUGUAUCCAAGAUUGUGCAUUUUGAUAUAAAGCCUCAAAAUAUACUCAUAGACGAAGAAUUUUGUCCAAAGAUUUCGGAUUUCGGACUUGCGAAGCUCGGCAAACGGAAAGAGAGUAUCAUAUCCAUGUUAGACGCAAGAGGGACCGUAGGGUAUAUUGCUCCUGAAAUGUUUUCCAAAAACUAUGGAGGAGUUUCACAUAAGUCGGAUGUGUAUAGUUAUGGAAUGGUGGUUCUUGAGAUGAUCGGGGAAACAAAAAGAGAAGGAGUUGAAACUUCUACGUCCAAUAAAAGUUCAGUGUACUUUCCAGAUUGGGUCUAUGACGAUCUUGAGAGGAAAGAAACCAUGAGACUUUUAGAAGAUCAUAUAAUCGAAGAAGAAGAUGAGAAGAUAGUUAAGAAAAUGACAUUAGUGGGNUCUAAUUGGUGGUUCAUCAUUUUUAUUAUUGAUUUGUUAAGUCUUCUUUAA